AUGUAUUGUCCACGUGACAUCAGCAUGGAAAACACCGUCAACAUGAUCCAGAACAUCCUAAAUAAAUUCAAUAACGUCAAAUUCAUCCUUGCUGGGGACAAACACCCACUCACCGAUGUGGGGAGGGGAUCAAGAAGACCAGCGGGGGAAAUCUUUGAAGAAUUCAUCACAUCUAAUGGACUUGUGCUACUUAACAACUCACUUUCUCCACCGACCUACAUAUCCAGUCAAGGAAAGACCUGGAUCAAUGUCACUGCCUGCAGCCAGGACUGUGCUGAUGAUCUGGAGAAUUGGCAUGUGUGCAUAACAAAAGUUAUGCACACAUGCCAAUUCUGUGCAUACACCAGUGACCACACCUACAUCUCAUACCUAUUGAAGAACAUCAGCAGUAACAUCACGUCCAACUCCACUGAUCUGAUCAAUCACAGACGCAAAUCUGUGCCUUGGUGGAACACACGACUCACCGACCUGUGUAGGACCAACAACAUCCUCAGAAGAUAUCAAACUUGCAGAAUUAAACCAACUUGCACCACCCUCAAGCAACAAUACCACAAUCACAAGACCCUGUACAAGAAGGAAAUCAAAGAGGCAAAGAUCAACUCCUGGCAGCAGUUUUGCACUGCUGCAUCUACCAAUCCCUGGGGUUACCUCACCAGGAUGUGCACCAACAAGCUAUGGAGGACACAAAUCCUCGUCAACGAAGACACUGAACCCCCAACGACUGCAUUAUGA